AUGGAUGACGAGGAUCCGGAGGAAUUCCUCAAUCAAUGUGAAUAUUAUUUCACCGAAGCAGCGAUUCAACAAAACGUUUGGUCGAGAAUGGUGAAUAAAUCACUCAACGAAAAAGCCGCAAAGUGGUACGAAGCGUACCGGAAUUUGUCCCUGCCGUGGUCAAAAUUCCGGAUGUUACUCACUCAAGAUUUCGCCGGAGCUGCAGCUUUGAAUAAGCUACAUACCAAGCUGUAUGCGACGAAGCAGGAGGAAAAGGAGGCCGUGCACGUGUUCCUCCAGCGGAAAUAUCUCGUCGCACAGCGAUUGUUACCCCAAGCCACGGGAUCACAAAUAGUGACUCUGUUAUUGGAGGCUCUUAAACCCUCCAUUAAAAAGGUACUGCGAGCCGCGGUAAUAGGUUCUUUCGAGGACUUAGUUGAAAGAGCGGUACAGGCCGAAAGUGGCGAAGCAGAGGAGAAUCCUUGA